GUUAUGCAACCGCUGACCUACUAACACAUAUCUGAAGGGGAGCCGGAGAAACUGGAGCAAAGAGUCCGGCGGCGCGUAACGCACGCACAGACAGGCAGCCCGAGCCAAGAGACGGAAACUGCAACCCAGCCGGCACCGCUGACUCAUCCGAACCGGGACACAGGCAGAAAGUUCUGUUCCCCCCCGCACCCUUUUUUUCGUUUCUUUUCUUCCGGAGGUUUUCUGAAGGGAAGGAGGAAACGGGAGCGAGACGGCUUUUGUUGUCGGGGAAGCCUGAACCUUUUCUCCUCCUCCGCCAGGACGCACGACUGAAAGAAUCCCAGUUAGACGUCAACAAACAGCAACGCUGAAGCUGGACCUUCAAGGAGGUCCCAAGACGAUCUGCUAACCUACAUUCUGUGUGAAACGGCAAGAAUCAGAGCAGCCACCUGACAGGCAUCCAAGCUCUGAAAACCGACAGACACCAAUAAACUCAAAGUCACCUCCCAGAAGACUCCAAAGAGCUCGGAGGAAGUCGCAGGGACAACUCAAAACCCCAAAACAACACACUUGCUUUCUUUUUUCAUCCCCGUGUUUUAAAACACCAUUUCAAUGUCUGAGGUUUUUGUGGAGUUUCACCUUUUUUUAAUCUUCCUGGCUAAUUUGGACACUUGAAAGUUUUUACUUUUGAUUUUUGAAACACAAUUAGUAGAAAUCAAUGAGGCAGUUUCUCCGAGGAGCACAAAUACCUCGUCCAGAAGUUUUUGCUGAUCCCCCGACAUAGGUCAAACAUCUCGUCAUUAAAGAAGAAGGCUCGUAUUUCACAUCUCCCCCCCCUCCCCCCAUUACCCUCUGCUAGAGUCGCACUCUGGUUCCCAGCAGGGAAGAAAAAUGGAAAGUCUUAGUCUGCACACCCCAUCCACCACCAACAAAAGCACCAUGGAAGUUGAUACUUAUUCCCCCUACAAUGACAGCCUCCCAUCUCCUGCUCCUGAAGGAGGCGCUCGGCUCGGCCGGCAGCCUAAAGGCUCCAAACCCACUGUGACGUCCCGCCGUAAGCGAGAGUUCAUUUCUGAUGAGAAGAAAGACGCGUCCUAUUGGGAGAAGCGGAGGAAGAACAACGAGGCAGCCAAACGCUCGAGGGAAAAGCGUCGCCUCAAUGACAUGGUCUUGGAGAACCGUGUCAUGGCUCUGAACGAGGAGAACGUUCGUCUGAAGACGGAGCUCCUCCAACUCAAGCUGCGCUUCGGCCUCAUCAGUGCGUCCUCCUACAUGGAGAAAAGUCAGCAGAUCUCCAACAGCGUCACUGAUGGCAAUGCUGGGAGCAGCGGGAGCAGCAACGGCACCCCAAAUAGCAACACCUACCUCUCCAGCAGCGGGUAUUCCAGUGCAUCUCAGGUGAUGCUGAACUCAGACUCAUCUGAAACCGAACAGUCUAGCCGGGGUGACCGCCACACGGCGCUCCACAAGUACUCUCCGCUGGGCUCCAUGUCCGACAUGUCUGACGGCUCUUCCAGAGACAGCCCCGAGCCCAUCGGUUACAACAUUAAAAAGGAGCCCUCAAGCAUGGAGUUGGAAAGCAACGAAAUCCCCAAUGGGAUUCUCAAUGGAAUACCAGGUGGUGCUUACCAUGACAACCACACCACUCUGGUUUCGUCUCACCAGCAAAGCGCCCCAUUGGCCGAAAGUCCCAGGGACUAUCAGCAGCAGUGCCACAUGGAGCGCUCCAGUCCUGCUCCUCAGGCCCUGUCUGCACAGAGGAGCGUCAUCCUGUACCAGUCCAGCAGCGGCUGUUACCCCAUGGAAACACAGAGACCGAAGGACCAGCAUUCCCAGCAGGGCAGACAACUUCAGCACAUCUCCAGGUUUUCUGACUGCUCAGUGACCAUCACAGAGGUUGCCGAAAAGCUAGAGAGGACGAAAACCAUUGACUCACCACAGUAUGACUACACCAAUGGUCACACUGAGUCCUCUGAGGAGCUGCAGCAAAGGUACAAUCACAACGUCCAACAUGACAGCAUCCAUUGUUGCAGCUACCAGGUUCAGGAGAACGAUCUCCAAUACACUGAGAGCCACCAGAACUCAUUUGCCCCUGAUCUUAUUCACAGUGAGGAGGGCAAGUCCUUCAUACAGCACAACGGAUACCUCAAUUCACUGGAUGAAGAGCCCCCAGUGCUCACCUAUGAGGGAGGCCCCCGAGCCGAUGGUUUCUAUCAGGAGAACUCUUCCACUAAAGACACCUCCUCAAGUGACGGGGAUCCUCGGAGCUCCGAUAAGGAGGGCUCCACAGAUGACGAAUCCCCCUCCUCUUCCUCCUCAGACAUCAGCAGCUACCAUCAGAAGACAGAGGGGGCUGUUGGCUUACUCGGCGAGUUCCAAACCGAGGUCAAAACCACUGCGCUGCCCCACAAGCUCCGCCUCAAGUACAGAGCUCUGUCCAACGGAGCUCAGGUGGAGGGACCGGUCAAUAACUCCAUGUCCCCAUCUCCCACUCUGCCCCAGCACCCAUACUUAGCUCUUCCCACCAACCCUCACAGCAUCCAGGCCAGCGGAGAGAACAGGGAGGUUCUGACUGAGUACGUGGAAGAGGUCAAGUCUCAGGUGAAAGAGGCUAAAAAGGAGGGAGGGAAAAAAGGAUCCAGCAGCGGCAGGGGUGGACGCAACAAAAGGCGAGAUUAGGGACAAACACGAGCGGUUUGAGGUUUUUCCCAUCACGUCAACGUCAUCUGCCGAGGAGGGACACUCACUUUGGCACCUUGCAGGACUAAAAAAAAAAAUCAAUCGGUGUAAGGUUUAUUUAGCGCUGCUUGAAAACAUCCAGAUGUGUGAAAUCCAUGCUCCGAAUAAAGAUGGACGCCUGUUCUGCUGAGUUCAGGAUGAAAACCCUCUGAGUCGCUGAUGGAACCUGCACUUCUUCAAUCGGACAUGUUGGCUCUUAUCAAGCGAGAAGUUAAGAGUCAGAGAUUCAGCAAAACACUUGUCUUCCUUGACGUGGCGUGUUUUCACUAUGUGAACUGGGGGGAUUUGACAUGUCCAGACAUGUUUUCAUUCAGAUUUCUCCUUCAAGAUUCACUGUGUCACCUGUAACUGUUUCUUACACUCUCUCCUACCUCUCACAGUUUCCUUUAAUUAAAACAGCACGGUGAGGGAUAAAUUCAACUCCAGAGUUUGGGAUUAUUCCCUACAAAAGAAAAAAAAAAAAAUUAUUCAUUUUGUAAAUUGCCUUAGUGUCCGGCCAGUUUUUAAUGUGGCAUUACGGGAGCAUUCUUUUUACCAAAGACACGCAUUUUUCCUUCACCGUUUUCUUUGUAUUUUUUUUGUGGGGUAAAUAACAUCCUUCCUCCUCACUAAACCAUCAGCACACAAGUCCUCUUCACUCCCAAAGCACUUAGUUUGUAUAUUACUGUGAAAUAUAAAUUUGCAUAUAUGGAAUAUAUAUAUUUUAAGAAAAAAAUUGGCAAAAACAAUAAAAAAAA